CUGGUCCACCGCAAGGAAGGAGGAGAGUGGGGGGGCGGGGAGGAGGGCUGAGGAGGUUGCGGGGGGAGGGGGGCCCCGCCUGGCAGGAAAUUAAACAUCAAUCAAUCAAUCGCUGUGAGCCGGGCGACCCAACCGCGGCGGGGCGGCGGCGGAGCAGAGGGACAGCGAGGGCGAGUGGGUGGCGGGGCGGAGGAAGGAGGAGAAGGAGGAGGAGGAGGUUGGGGCGAGUCGGCGGUGGCUGAGCCGGGUGGCGAGGACCGCGCGCACCGGGCUUCGGCGCAGCGAUGCCGAGAGCCGAGAGCCUCGCCGGCGGCGGCCGCGACCGGUGGGUGGGAUGCGCCCGGGUCCGGUCCUCCUCCUCCCCAGAUCCCCGCGGCGGGUCCGGGGCGCGGCUGCCUCGCCCGGCCCCUAGGCGCGCUCGUCCCGGCGCGGAGGCGGCGGCCACCCGGCGGGCGCUGCUCUUGCCGCGUCUCCCCUCGGAGGCGCAGACCAACCCCACUCGGAGGCGGCGGUGGCUGCCGCGGCUCGGGGCUCCGCUAACUGCGGGGAGUACUUUCGACUUUAGAGAUAGGAGGGCCACCGCCUCCCCCACCUCCCCGCCUCCGCCCACCCCCCGCCGCCCCCGCCCCUCCGAGCAACUUUUCUCGCGGCUGCGGAGCUCCCAGUCCGCGCCGUGCCGAGCCGGCCAGCCGGGGCCAGCCGCGCCGCUGCACGCGCCGACCAGGCCGCUUCGCCCUCAGUGCCAGCACCGCCGCGGGGUCGAAACAAUAGCCCGGGGGUCCCGAAGGGCAGAAGCACCGGCACUGCCCGCCGGGUCGCGGGCGGUGCAGGACGGGGGGCUCCGCGGGGGGCGCAGGGCGAGACGCAUCCCUGGAUGAAGUCCCUGGAGCGCUGGCCGCGCAGGCGACAUCUCGAGCAGCGCUGCCCCGGCCGCCUGGAGGCCGUCCUGCGGUGGUGCGGAGGGCGGUAGGGCUGCCGGUCUUCAGGCUGCGGGGCUGGGACUCCUGGGACCCCAAGCGGCUCGGGCUCCGGGCUGCGAGAGCCAGCAGAGCUGAGCGGUGAUGACCCGGCCCCCCGGUGCACGGGGAGGCCGCGCGGGGGCGUCCCCAGCAGAUCCAGCGAAGUCGUAACUGAGCCACAAACUUUUGCCGACUCGCGUGGCCGCAGCCGCCCGCAGCCCGACUGUGGCCGCGGGGCUCAUUUAAGGUGGCGCGGGCACUAGGCGAGCCGACCAGUCUCCGGCCCCUGCUUUUGUCCCGGAGGUGCCGUCUGGGCGCCGGACCUCCUUAACGAAAAGCACGUGGGUAGGGGCUGCGGCCCCGCUUGGAGUCCGGGGUGCCGGCUGAAACUCGCCGUCCGGACUUGGCGUGGGAAAAAGGUGGGCGAGUCCCCGUCUGCCGUGAGCCCGGACAGGUCCCCUUGGCUGGCGGUACCUUCAGUUCCUCCAGCACACCUUGUUUCUCCUUCCUAAUCCCCUGAACCCCGAAGAUCUCCCCGCCGUAGCAUUGCCUGUAACGUCGGUCCCCCUUAAGAAGCGUUGGCUGUACGGCGGCGCCAGAGGGCCAAACUAAGUGUGGUUUCGGGAAACGCGCUUGGGGGGCAAUUCUGGAAAUCAGGGUCCUGUACCCCGGCUAUGGGGAGCAGUGUCAGCCUAGUGAACCCCCAGCAGGGCCGCCGUCCACUCGUUGCACCCACUCGGUGGGCGAGUUGCACAGGGCCAUUCGCUCAAAAGUAGGGGCCCGGUGCGGGGAGCCUUUGGUGGAGAAAGGGUCCCAGAAGCGAAACUUGCCCCUGGCCUAAGUCUCAACGCCCAGCUCCCCGAGAACCCCGAAUCAAAACACCGCCCACCAAGUUCCAGAGGAGCCUCCAGACGACCCGUGAGGCGGUCCGAGCCCCGCGAGAGAAGAAAGAGCAGAACCGGAAUGCUUGUGGGGAGCCACCCAGGGAGAUUUAGGCAGUUUUUCCUUUUGCCUGGUUUUUAUUCCCUAAACAUCACCCCUCUCUCCCAAAAGAGCCGGUUAGAGAAAAUGCACAAUUUGAAGUCUGUGAGAACAAAGUGGCUCAAGUAAAUCAACUCGUGAUGGUAGCUAGAAGGUAUGGGGCGGCAAAGAAGCAAACAAAUGCUCCACCGGAUCAAUGUCCAGGAACUUAGAAGAAUUGGUGAUAUUAGGACUUCUGUACUUCUGGAAAAAAAAAUGCAAAUGGGUUAGCCAGGAUCUUUCCUGUCUGAUUCGUCACUAUUAUUAUAUCUGAUGAUGCGAAUGGUUGGAGCGAUUCAAUCUUAAGUCAUUAAUGAGCUAUUUUAUAAACUCCAAUGUCUGAAGAUCUUCAUUUACAUUUUGCGAAAGAUUACUUCGCUAACCUCGCGCAGGCUUGUGUCAACAGCAUGAUUGUGGGACUUCUGUUACAAUUACGAACAACACAGCCUUAUUGUUAAUCGGUUAAUAUUUUAUAAAGUGUAAAUAUUUUAUUAUGUUUUGAAGGGAAUAUUGAUUCUAAAUUAUUAAACCCCUGAGAAGGGCGAUUAAAUAAAGUAUACAAUUAAAUGUACAUUGUGGUUAGUUUUCUUGAAGAUUCUGAACUCUUAAAAUUCAUUGAUUUUUAUUGUAGUUUCCUCUGGUCCAUUUUUUAUAGUGAUAAAAUUAUUAUUUUGGUCAAAAAAGCUCAAAUUAUAUAAAAGUACAUGUAACAGGGAAAGUGGAAUGUUAUCAAUUAUUACCACAAAUGAGUUUUGAAUGUUUGUAUAUUUAUACUUAGUAACACAUUUUACAAAUUUCAUUUGAUUCAAAAAAGAUUUUUUUAAAUGAGAAUUCUAGGAAGUUUUGUGAUACAUAGUACAUUUUUCCUUUUGAGUUUUGUCCCUAAUAAAGGCCUUUUCUGUUUCAAAUUGCAUAAGCUUUUUCUGCAGUUUUUGUAUUGACCUAAUUUCAACUGAAGUAGGUGAUUAUUUCCAGUAAGUUUAAAUUUGACAAUAAGAAAUUUUAAAUAACGUUUUUACCUUUUGCUAGGACGUUCUACUUUUUA